AUUGAGACAAGUCCCCCCCCCCCCAUUCAGAUGAUUUGUCAGUGAACCAAUUUUUUUUUUUUUUUUUUUACUCUGAUGGCGAGUCAAUUUUUUUGGGAAAAAACUUCCAGCCCCCUGGAUAUCUAAUGGUGCGUCCCUAAGCCUACAUCACAUAAGUUUAAAUGCUGAAUAGCAAUAAUUGCUUUAGGACCAAAAGGGAAACUAGGAUUGUAACUUAAUUAGAGAGGCCCUAUCCAAAAUAGGCCUAUAGGGCUUGCUCAUGUCUCUAAAAUGCUGUAAACAAAAAUAUUGCACAAACUCAUGCAGCCAGGCCCAAUUAGGCACUACUACUGCGGAUAUAUGAAGCUCCUUGAUGAAGCGUAAUUUUCCCUGACCCCAACCGUUCUCCCCGAAAUCUGACAAUAUGAUUUUGUGUUUUAAUUUUUAUCAAAAUUUUCUAUUGAAGUAAACUCGAUUUUUUGUUCCAAACCUUGUACAGUCGAGAUAGUCUAGAGAUAUACAAAAGGAUUUCAUAUUGUGGAAGCAUCGAUUUUGUCUCCAUCAACAAAAGAGAAGCAAAAAUCUUCUUCACUUUAUUAUGCAAAUAAGCUCGAACAGACUCUUUGAUUGGCGCUUUGUGAUCAUGUGUUCUAUAGUUGGCAAGAAACGUCACGCUAAUGGUGACGUUGUAAACAAGCUAGCACUCAGUGUAUCUCUAUAGCAACAAAGGGCACAUUCCAUGGUGUCGCUUUCCCGGUCAUUAUGCAGCCAUAUUGAAUACAGCACCGAAGGAAAAUUAUUGCUCCAGAAAACGUGUUAAAAAUGGAUUUUAAGCUCGGAAUGUAACGCUGACUUCUACUUUCUCUAAAGAGGAACGAUAUGGUUGACUCGAUGGUUGAUACAAUUUCAAGAAAGUCUAAUUUACAGGCGUCGAGGACCCGGUCCUUGACGCAGGGAGACACAGCUACCACGGCUCUCUACCCGCACCACGGACAUGGCUCGCACGUCGAGCUCCCCCCGAUCAAGAGCCACACACUCGGGGCUGUCAAGAAAACCAACGAAAAUGUCCCAGCCGGUUUGCAGGUUACACAGCUCUUUGAAACGGACGAUAAUCAUAACUAUAAAAGGCAAGUGCAAAAUAAAGUGAUAGCGAAUGGUCAUUUAUCACAUGAUGCAAAUGCUCUGCCUGAUGUCAAACGUCCUGCAAGCGAUGGAUCGAAAAAUGGAUCUGCUAAAGGAAGAGCGCUACCAAUGACACCAGAAGAAAGCAUGAAAUUGUACAUGCACAAACUCACUUCAUAUGAACAUCAUGAAAUAUUUAACUACCCACAUAUUUAUUUUGUUGGACCGAAUGCAAAGAAACGGCAAGGAGUAAUUGGUGGAGCGAACAAUUGUGGAUAUGACGAUGAUCAAGGUUCAUACAUCCAUGUGCAACAUGAUCAUGUCGCGUAUCGUUAUGAAGUGUUGAAAAUACUUGGAAAAGGUAGCUUUGGACAAGUUGUGAAAGUUUAUGAUCAUAAGACAAAUCAGCAUGUUGCUGUGAAAAUGGUGCGCAAUGAAAAACGUUUCCAUCGUCAAGCCCAGGAAGAAAUUAGAAUCUUGGAACACCUACGUAAACAAGACAAAGACAAUAAUAUGAAUCUCAUUCACAUGUUUGAGAGCUUCUCAUUCCGUAAUCACAUAUGCAUCACAUUUGAACUUCUAAGCAUGAACUUGUAUGAACUCAUCAAGAAAAACAAGUUCCAGGGUUUCAGUCUACAACUUGUCCGGAAGUUUGCUCACUCUCUUCUUCAGUGCCUUGAAGGACUUCACCGGAAUAAGAUUAUUCAUUGUGAUCUUAAGCCAGAGAACAUUCUGCUAAAACAACAGGGAAGGAGUGGAAUCAAAGUGAUUGAUUUUGGUUCCAGCUGCUAUGAGCAUCAACGAAUCUACACAUACAUCCAGAGCCGCUUCUAUAGAGCGCCAGAGGUUAUCUUAGGAGGGAAAUAUGGCAUGCCCAUUGACAUGUGGAGCUUAGGCUGCAUCUUGGCCGAGCUUCUUACAGGUUACCCGCUGCUACCUGGUGAAGAUGAGGGUGAUCAGUUGGCCUGCAUGAUUGAACUCAUGGGCAUGCCCUCACAGAAUCUCAUUGACACAUCAAAGAGAUCCAAGAACUUCAUCAACUCCAAAGGUCAGCCACGUUAUUGUACUGUUACUACACUUCCUGAUGGAACUACAGUGCUUAACGGUGGCCGAUCUCGUAGAGGGAAGGUGCGUGGUCCACCAGGGAGCAAGGAUCUUGUGAAGGCACUGAAAGGAUGUGAUGAUCCGCUCUUUCUUGAUUUCCUGAAACGAUGUCUCGAGUGGGAUCCAUCAAGUCGUAUGACUCCAAGUCAAGCCCUCCGUCACUCUUGGCUUCGUCGCCGUCUACCAAAGCCACCUGCAGAUAGUCAUACAAACACCACCUCGGCCAAAAAUAAACGUCAUGGCUCUUCUGCAGUGUCUAAGCUUCCUCCCACUGGUGCAGCUGGUAAAGACAGGCAAGAUGUAUCGCAACGGACUGUUCUACCAAAAAUAGUAACAUAGUGUCACACAUAUCCUGCCUGAUUUUGAAAAGAGGUUGGAUUGGUCCUCUUUCUGAAAUGAAGAAAUGGGAUUCCUUGCUUUGGAAGGAUAAAGCAAGUAACAAUCUAGCCAUAAUUUGCUGUGUGUGUCACCUCAGUGCCACAAGUGGUUUACAGUGUCUAGAUAAAAGUUAUAUGCAUCUGAUCCUUGCAGAUAUUUUGUUGAAUUUGAUGCCUUACAUGUACAUGUAUCUCGAGCUUUGGUGACUGCAGGUGCAGCUGAGCAACAUUUCCAGCAUAGAUUACAUGUAGGUUCAAAUGAUUUAUUGUUGCUAAUUGAAUUGGUGCCAAAACCAGUGUAUUUGUUUACUUGCUGUUGGUGUGGAGGGUGGAGAUAUUUAAUGAACAUUUGACUGACGCAUUUAAAUCAAACUGUUUUACCUCAUACAAAGAGAAAUAAAAGAAAAGGAAAAAUAAGUUGUUAUGCAGGUAUAGAACUUUACAAUACAGUAUGUUUGUAUGUUAAAGUGGGUAUACACAUACAUUCCAUGUAUUCCUUGUUGAUUUUGCUUUAUGUGCAAAAUAAAAUAAACAUGAAGCUGCAUAGCUGCAGAAACUUCACAAUAGAUUUAAGCAUUCAAAGAGUAUCCGUCCAUGUUGUUAGUUGAACUGUAUUAAGAUGUUGCACAUGUAAGUCACUGACAAAGCAGUGAUAUACAUUUUAAUUUACCGGUAAUUGAACAUAUCUUGAAUGUGCUCUUCUGUAUUGGGUCUCUUGGGUGCUUUGCAGUGGAAAUUUGGAAAAGCUUUGCCCUAGAAAUUUAAUUCCAUUUUCAACAUGCGCUUUCCUACAUUUUUGUGAAUGUUUAUAUGCAUUGAAAAAAAAAACAAUGCAUGGUUUGCUCUAUUUUUCUUUGAUUGAUCAGUUUUGAUGGAUGUGUCAAAUGUUGAUCAUAGUUUUAUAGAAGUGAUCUGCUUAUUUCUGAUGCUAGUAAAGAUGUUAAAAAAAAGACAUGUAAUCAACAGUGCUUGUUGCCAAGAUUUGUCAGUAUCAAGUUCAUCAUUGCAUUGAAUAUCUGGGGCCAUGUUGCACAUAUGAUAAAGUUGCCAUCCUUUGGUAAUUUCCCAGAAUCCUUUACUCUUGAUUGGUUGCUUAGCAUUGGAACCAUGAUAGUUACUAUUUGAUGGCAAACUACAGGUUCCAGGCUCAGCAAAUAUCUACAUGUAUCUAUGUAUAAAUUUAGUUUCUUUUAUUCAUCAUUACCCGUGAGUGGACAAAAGGAAUGUUUGGAGAUUAUCCAUUUAUAGUAAUGUAUUUGUUUCCCUUUUAUAUAGAGUUGCUGACUUGCUGGUUCAUUGUUAUUUUCUUCAUUUGUUAUCUGAUUCACCUUACCAAUUGAUUCAAAUGACUAUUGAAGCUUUGGCACAUUUUGUUUGAUGAUGGAUUGUGAUGUAUGACAAGCAUGUUCUGUAGUCAUUGAUUUGAAAAAAUUUGCACUUCCUCAAAUUUGCUGUAUUACACUACAGACUACAAACACUUGUGAGUGUGCCCCAUACCUCUAGAACAACGUGUUUUCUCAUCUGCCAAGAAGAGAAACAGUGCACUGUUAAUGAAUGCCUGUAUGCAGUGCCAGGUAUUAAUUAUGAAGGAAAUAGCAUGUGCUCUGUGUGGUGUACAGGCAAGUAUAGUUUGUGAGGCUUAGUUAGAAGGUGUUUUGAGAGUGUGCCAAACUACAUCUGAUCUUGGCUUUCUUUCAUAUUGCAAGCCAGAAGACCGAGCACAUUGUAAUGCAUGUACAAGUACAUGUAUAAGUACAUGUACUUGUAUGAUAGCAUUACAUGUACAUUAGGUAGUGAGCCAUUCUUUUAAGAAUAAAGAGACAAUUUGUUUUGAUAUGUCAUUCACAAAUUCUUCUUUUAUUACGCAUUCAUUUACUCAUAUUCAUAUCAAAGGUUCAACUUUUCCAAGUAAAAUCAUUUCAGACCGAAUUGAACGUUUCAAUAUAAGAAGUUAAAUUAUUAUUAAACAUUGAAAACCACAAUCCACAUGCAUUUAGUGAUUGUCCUUUUGUAUAAAGUUGACUUGUAUCUGAAUGUUAAUUGUUUACUUCUUAUUCAGUCCAAUGUGGUUUGUUUUGAGUGAAUUAGUUGUUCACCUUCUUGAGAAAUUGCUACCUUUUAUGUGUUCAAAAUGUUAAUUGGUGUAUAAUUAAUGAGUCCCAAUUUCAGACUUUUACUCGCAUUAGUACUAAAGUACAUGUGCAUGUAUAUAUACAUAUUGUACCCUCAUUGAAAUUAAGCUUUCAUAGUACUGUGAGUAAACUGGCAAACAUGCAGCCCUUUGUAUAACCAUAGAGCUAUACUAUGACUGUAGAUUACAUCAUCCACUGUAGCCCUACUUGGGAUUUCAUUUUCCAUUUCCUAUGAUUGUGUGUAGUCCAUUGUAAAGCUGCUCAGUAGCAUGUCACUGUGAGCCAUAUGAAGCCUACAUGGUUGGUCCUUGUACACACAGAGUUAUGAGUAAUCAACAUUGAUCAGGUUGAUAUGUAGAGUAGGUGAUAGUGAUACUGAUGACAGUGCCAGACAGGAAUGCAUUGACCUUUGGGAUAUUCUACACUAUCCACCUGUCUUAUUCUAGAUCUUUAGGAUAAGCUCUGAACACCAACUGAUGGUUAACUUUCUAUUCAACCAGGUGUUGCAUCCUAAUUAGCAUCAUCUGUUAUUGAUCUCUGUACAAGAAAACACACAGGUGUAGUUCACACAGUCAUAUACAUAGGGAUAGGAACAGAGUUCAGAAGCAUGUUGUGUAUCUAUUUAAUUUUUGCACUUCAUCAUGGGUGUGAUAUGAAUUAUAUUGACAUCUGGUUGCUGCAAUUGAUUUAUUUGAUAUUAAUUUGUUCAGGUUCUAAUGUUAAUGUGUGAAUCUGUUAUGAAUGUUGUCACCUUGAUGUACCGUACUCAUUUUGGAAUACUUACAUAUUUAAAAACUUGAACACUGCUUCUUUUUAGCUUUGCAAACUUUAGGAAAAGGUAUAUCAAUAAAUGUUUUGCCAAAAAAGGGUGAAAAAAUAUCAGUUGUUUUAUGUCAAGUUGUAGGUGUUGAAUUAUCAUUCAACACUUAUCAUAAUGUUGAAAACUGUACCCUUAUUGUGCAAGUCUUGUAAGGGUUUGUAAAUUUCAAGUAAGAGACGGUUGCUUUUAUUUAAAAAGUGAUCUUUUCCUGUACAUUGUCCUUUUCAUGUACAUGUUACCCCCCCCCCCCCCUUUUUUUGUGGUAGAAUGAAUUUCCUAAUCUUGUUGGCCUUUGUUAUUUUAUCAAACAUCACUUGACUGGGUUGGUUUUCUUAUUACAUUACCUGCAAUGGUAUUUGUAUUUUAUUGAAACCCAGAUAUCUAUGAACAAUUCUUAUAUUUAUGACAACACAUACAAAGCUGCAGGACAGCUUUUAUUCACCCGCUUUUAAAAAACCCUUUGAAUUGUGGUAAUUUUUUAAAAUGUAUAUAGACAUUUACAAUUUUAGCAGUUUUCAUGCCAUCAUUUUUAUUUUUCUCCAAAAAGAGUUGAAAAUAUAGAAUAAGCCGUUACUGUCAGAUUUUUGCAUAUUUCAGGUCGAUUAAAAAAAAAUUGCUGUAUUCAGGAAACAAGUUAGAUGUGAUUAUGAUACAAGUACAUAAAAGAGGUGUGCAUGUAUAGAUAUGUACACUGUAAGUUUUGAAUUUGAAUACUGUCUUCAUGGUGAUGCGGGAUUCAGACCUCUCAUCUGUGCUCUAAUACCAAUGGUGUCACAUCUGAGCACUGUGAUUGUACCAGUUCAAGCUCAAAAUCUGACAAAGAAUUUUUGAGAAAUGGUAUACUAGUAUAUUCUUCAUAAAGGAUAUAGAGAACUUUUGAAAGUCAAAAUUAUUAGAGAAAAUUGUAUUCUAUGAAAUAAUUCUGUGCAGUUGCCGUCAUUUUGAUUUUAAAUGAAAUUAGUUUCAUGGUCUUGAGACUCAAGAACUAACACUGAUAUUGGACUUGAUUCUGAAAUAAUGAAUUUUCCCUGUUCCAUUGGGCUGGUGUAAUCGAAUGAUGUUUGAUGGGUAAAUUACAUACAUUUAAAGUUUGGUGUUGAGGCUUGUGUCGGUGUUACCCCUCUACUAAAACCAACUUUAAAAACUUCUCUAAAUCAUUUGAAUUUACUGACCUGUACUUCAUUGCAUAUGUGUGUAGUUAGUGUCAAUGGUGUGUAAUUAUCUGAAGGCUGAAUUAGUAACUUUGAUUUAACUUGUUAACUUGGAAAGCUGAAAUGUAGGUGGUUUGAUGUAACUAAUUUUCCCAACCUAUGUAUUAACUGUCUUUUCAUAUUGUGUAGAAUUAUACAUGGUGUAUUUUGUCUUUGCAUAUGUCAUAUGAAUGUAUUCUACAACUCUGCCCCAGUAUUUUUAGAUUUUUCUCAAAAGUCCUUGUGCGUGUUGCAAGAAGAAAAAAAUGACAAAUGGAAGUGCAUGUCCUCCAAUUUUAGGAGAAUUCUUCAGAAUGUAACUUUUAUUACCAAUGAAUCAACUUCAUUUGAUUACCGUAAAAUCAGGUUGCGAUGAAGUGUUUAGCUGUGCAAUGCAAUGAAGAUGGAGCCAUGAAGUAUAAAAGUAGUAUUAUAGCCUGUAACCCUAUACUACAUGUAUCUCUAUAAACUGUAUGCUAUUAUAGUAGUAACCAACCCAUUAAAUGCUAGUACAUUUUCUUGUUGCUUAGAAUUAUAUGCGCUGCCUUCAUGAAUUAUGUACCAAAGCACAUUUUGUACUAAUUUGAAAACAGUUGCCAAUGAAAUGAAUGAAAAGGGAAAUCUGAUGUUCACUGUUCAAUAAGAAUCUUGAUUGGACUGGUUUUACAUGUACAGUGUAACUUAGAGCUUGUACUAAACUUAAUAGUCCAGUCUCUUUAUUAGUAUAUUUUAAGUCGGAUUUAUUACCAUAUGGCCCAUAUAAUUAUAUAUAUAAAUUGUACAGAACAUUAUUGCAUAUUAUGUGGCCUUUGUACAGUACAAGAAUUUUACAUGUAUGUAUAAAGAUAGAUAUCAAGAUUGUUAUUUAAAUAUUGUGUAUUCAUGCAAAUGCCACAAUUUUCAGUGAAUUUCAUAUUUUACUCACUACUUUGUAAGAUGCAUUGAUGUGAUUACUAUAAUAUUUUUUCUUUUGUACUUGUGUAGAAAGAAUGUGGGAAAUCCAUUGAUAAAUGCGUAUCCUACAAUGUUUUCUGACUCAAGCUCUUCUGAAGAACUUGGAAUUAAAGAAAAAAAAAAGAAAGAAAA